GUGAACAGCUACUUUUUAUGUUUGUUAAGAAAGCAAAUUUUUAAAGACAGUAGUGUCUCUAUAUGACCACAAAGGGGUGCUAUCUUUACAACAGAAAUUCCUUUCUUUCUUUUUCUUUCUUUCUUUCUUUCUUUCUUUCUUUCUUUCCAAUUUAAAUUUAAAGAGGUAACAGCUUACCAAUGUUAUCAAUAUAUUGUUGGUACACAACACAUAGAAAAAACCGUGGUGGCAUUUCAUCUAAUCUUUAUGAAGGCCUCUUCUUUUGCUGCAUGGUGAGUAACCUACAAAUAUCUUUCAUGUUAUUUUACUUAAGGACAGUAUAACUCUCUCUAAUCUUUUUCCAAACUGUUGUUUCUUUGAUCAGAUAUACAUUAAUGUUGUUGUUUUUUUCAUAAAUGAUUGUAAUAUCUAUUAGUGUAUUCAUCAUUGCUUCUGUCAUUGCACACAGAUUAGAGUUGUCUUGAAGGAAGGGAAAUUUACGAGUCUUGCCGAGAAUGGACUCGGAUAUUUCAGGAUCUCGCUGGCCUAUUGGUCUCGGGUUGAAUCCACUUCCAUAAACAGGACUCUUAAAACCUGCUGAGCCAUCAGAACACAACAUAUAUAUCCUAUUUAAUUUGUUUCUCUCUGGGGCUCACCAUUCUGUCCAGUUCUUCUUCCAAGUGUGUCCUGCCCUCUUCUCCUCUCAUAGGGUGAGAACACAAUAAACCGCCAAGAUGUCAGAAAAAAAGAUGACCUCUAGCCGUAGGCAUCAUCUGAAGAGCCUGGUGCUCUCCAUUGCCUUGGAGCUGCUGGAGGCUGAAGCCAAACAGCUGGUGGCCGAUAAGGAGACUUACAUGAGCGAUAACUGCUCAUCUCUGGAUCUGCCUGGAUCCGUGCAAGACCUGCAGGAACUGUGCAAGAAGCUGCACCAACAGAUCGACAAGGUUGAUGAGGAGAGAUAUGACAUGGAGGCCAAGGUUGCCAAAGCAAACAAGGAGAUUGAUGAUCUGAAGAUUAAGGUGGUCGACCUAAAGGGUAAGUUCAAAAAACCCGCUUUGAAGAAAGUCCGAAUGUCUGCCGAUCAGAUGCUUCAGGCUCUGCUCGGCUCCAAACACAAGGUGUCACUGGAUCUGAGAGCCAACCUGAAACAAGUCAAAAAGGAGGUCAAAGAGGAGUCUGCAGAACAAGUCGGUGACUGGCGUAAGAACAUUGAGGAUAAGGCUGGUAUGGAUGGCAGAAAGAAGAUGUUUGAGUCCGAGGCUUAAUAUGUGUUGUGUUUAUUCUCUCAUAUGUCUUAAAUUGUCUCUGGCAAACAUCUUUUAUCCUGUGAACCUCCCGUUCUAAUAAAACCUUUUCCUGGACUAUUUUGCACAUUUUACAUGGUCAUUCACAGUGUUGCAUGGCAUUAAAGAUUAGUGUGUACGUUAUAUGUGCCUUUAUGUUUUUGUUCACAACAAUUAGAGUUCAGCAGUUCUGAACAGCUUAGCGAUAGCAUUAGCAUGUAGGUAUGCUUCAAUAAAAUGAGUUUAAUAAGGUUUAAGAUUUAAGU